AUGGCAGCGGCCCAUGCAAUGCUGGAUGAAAUCCACGAGAACUUGCCCGCAAAAGCGAACAAUACUAAUGCCUAUAUUUUGGGAAACAUUGGACAAUAUAAUAUUGCCGUGGCCUGUCUUCCGAUGCACCAAUAUGGCACAAUUAAUGCCGCCGUUGUAGCAAGCAACCUGGUUCGAAGUUUUCCCUCCAUUCGCGUGACCUUGAUGGUUGGCAUCGGCGGAGGUGCUCCUCGAAAUACCGACAUCGACUUAAGGCUCGGAGAUGUCGUGGUCGGUUGCAGAGUCAUGCCAUAUGAGCUCGGCAAGGCCACUCCGGGUGGCCAAAUGGAACGCACAGGAACCCCCAAGAUACCACCUAUAGAGCUGUCAACGUCUGUCUCUAAGCUGCGUGCAAUUCACGAAUUGAACCAAACCAAGGUACCAUUAAUACUUCGAGAUAUGCUUGAAGCUCAUCCCAGAAUGACUACGUACGCCUAUCCUCAUUCAUUACAAGAUAGGCUUUUCCUCGCAGCAUUGUCGCACACGGGCCUAGGAUCCAAUUGUGAUGGAUGUGACAAGUCAACAUUGGUAGAACGACCAUUUCGAACAGAUCGCGAUCCGAAGAUACAUUACGGGGGUGUUGCUUCUGGUAAUGGAGUGAUGAGGGAUGGAAUCACCAGGGACAGGAUAGCACAAGAGCUUGAUGUUAUAUGCUUCGAGAUGGAAGCUGCUGGGCUUGUGGACCAUGUGCCCUGUCUGGUAGUUCGGGGAAUAUGUGAUUACGCAGACACGCACAAAAGCAAAGAGUGGCAGAAAUAUGUAGCAGCUACUGCGGCAGCAUAUGCAAAAGAGCUACUGUUGAUUGCUAUACCGGUUAUUGCAGUGGAGACAACAGCAACCCUGGAAACAGCCUUAGUCGCUGAUCUAAAUGCACUGCAGCAGCAUCGCAAAGACGCAACUCCUCCCAGUCAGGUCGACACUCUCAACUUUGAUAUUCUCCGAGAACUAUUUCGCAAGGCAAUACUAGACCUUGGAGACCGCUCUUUCAUGUGUUUUAUUGACGCUCUUAACGAAUGCGAUGAGCAGCAAGUCUUAGACAUGGUGGAAUACUUUGAGGACCUUGGACAUAUAGCCGCUGUGCAUGGAGUGUUCAUGUGGGUCGUGUUGGUUGUGGACAUUCUCAACAAGGAAUUCCAGCGAGGUUGGCUUCCAGCAGUUCAGAGCAGACUGGAAGAGCUACCGGACCAACUAAGCGAGCUUUUUAGGGAUAUCUUGCGACGAGACAAUAAUAAUAUGGAGGACUUAUUACUCUGCAUCCAAUGGAUACUGUACGCAAACCGACCCUUGAAGCGAGAAGAAUUCUAUUUCGGGGUAUGGUCUGGGCUGUCAAUAGAGCGGUUAGCCAAGUGUCAAGCCAACGAUAUCACUGAAGAUACGAUGGAUAGGUUCAUCACCAGCUCCUCCAAAGGACUCGCCGAGCUCACUAAGUUUAGGCACCCGGUUGUUCAAUUCAUUCAUGAAUCUGUCCGAGACUUCCUGAUCAAGGAUAACGGUCUCCUGGACCUUUGGCCAGAAUUCGCAGAGGACUUUGCGGGCCAAAGUCAUGAGAAGUUAAAACAAUGCUGCCAUGAAUACAUUAUGCUCCAUACUUCAUCAUGCAUACCAGGCCACACCCCAAUUCCGCCGCGGAAGCUUUAUGCCAAUGAGCUGGAACAAAAGGUGUCAGCCAGAUACCCUUUUCUUGAAUAUGCCACAACACAUGUGCUUCACCACGCGAACGCUGCUGCAGGGUCGAUUUCUCAGGAUGAUUUUCUUGCUAAAUUUGGAAUUCGGAAGUGGAUUGAGGUGAAUAACAUUUUCACGGAUUUUCAAGCUUGCCGAUACAUAACACAAGCAAGUCUACUCUAUAUUUUGGCGGAUCAAGGGCUCUCUAAUCUUAUUGAGAUGUACCUCCGUCGAAACCCGCGGAUUGGUAUUCAAGGAGAACGGAAUGGCUAUCCGCUCUUUGCUGCCGUAAUGAACGAGCACACCAAGGUUGUGCGUGCCCUUGUAGAACAAGGUGAGUAUUCUCGUCGCAGCCCUGCGCACAUCGACACAAAAGACCCAAAAGGUCGGACACCGCUCUUAUUGGCCAUUGAGAAGAGACAUACGGCUAUUGUGAGAAUAAUUGUCGAGCACGGGGCGGAUCUUACAAUGACAGAUCCGCAUGGGCAGGGACCACUACUGUUAGCCGUUAAGAUGGAACUUGAGGGUAUUGUACGAAUACUCCUUGAGAAGGGAGCAGACACCGAAAUGAGGGACCGAGGCGGUCGGACACCACUAUCACGGGCUACUGAGAGUAUAUAUCCAGGUAGCGCAAAAUUGCUUCUUGAAAAGGGGGCUAACGUCGAAGCAAGGGACGCGGACGACCGGACACCGUUGUCCUGGGCCGCUCAGGGGGGAAGUAAUGAUGUUAUACAGUCCCUUAUUCGAGCUGGGGCCGACAAAGAAUCAAUGGACUCAAGUGGACGCACACCACUGUCUUGGGCUACUACUUGGGGAAUUAUAAGUAAUGUACGUUUGCUUGUUAAAAGCGGAGCCAAUAUUGAAUCAGCGGACUUGAACGGUCGGACACCUCUAUCAUGGGCUGCCCAGCGUAAAUUCUUCGAUAAAGCACAAUUUCUUGUUCAAAAUGGGAGCGACAUCAACUCAACAGAUACGGAUGGUCGGACACCACUACUAUGGGCCGCGGCUACAGGAUCAGGGGCUAACGUACGGUUCCUCCUGGCCACUGGGGCGGAUAUAACGUCAACAGAUGGUAAAGGACGGACCGCGUUGUCUAUAGCUGCUGAGAUGGGACACGUAGAAGCUACGGAGCUUCUCAUACAAAACAAGGCGAAUGUUGGAGCUAUAGAUCUGACUGCGCGAACACCAUUGUCAUGGACUGCUGGGAAUGGGCAUGAGUUUGUCGCACAGCUUCUCGUCGAGGCAGGUUCUGACAUUGUAUCGGAAGAUAUGAAUGGCCGGACACCACUGUCAUGGGCCAUUGACAAUGGUCACCACGCUCUUGCGGAGUAUCUUAGGAUGCAUCUUGACACCAGUUGA